AUGGGAGAAUUGAAUCCCCUAACUUUUAGUUAUAUCAUGUUUGUUAUUGAAGUAAUGAAAAACGAAACUAAAUCACUUUGUCUCGCUUUAAAUUGUUUGAAUUUUUAUACCAAAUAACUAAAUUUCAGAUAAGAAUAAAGAUUGAGACAAAUAAUUAAGUUCAUUAAUCACAAAGUAGGUAUUUAUAAUAAAAAGCCUAUAAGCGAAAAAACUGAGAAGCUAGAUUUUUAUAACAGUAUAAGUUAUGACAACAAUUUAUAUGAAACUUUUAAUAUGCUGAAAGAGUGUCUUUUUCUAAAGAAAAUAGCGCUUUAUUAAAUAGGAUAGAACCAUAUAAAUCUUACAGAAGUCAUAGGUACCUUUACUCUACUUCGCUAGAAAAGAGAUAAGUUAUAUACAAAUUUAAAACAGUUAGCUGUAAUUAAUCAUAGCUGUGGGAUUUUAAUGCAAAUGAUUGAUAUAUUUGAGAGAUCUCUAUAUUAUUAAAAUAGCUUAACUUAAGCUAUCCAAAAAAAAAUUAAAUAGAGAAAAGCUGAAUUUAAAUGUUUGCUAAACUUUUAUUCAGAAGACAGUUGUGUUAUCUUUAUAACUCUGUUAAAGGAAAUCGGUACAAUAAAAAGAGUUACUAAAAAUCUAGAAUAAGUUGUACCAAUAUUAAAUAGUUAAGAAGCUAUUGGAAAAAAUAUUUCCUAUAUGCAGCCAAAAGAAAUUUCUCAAGUUCAUAAUAAAAUUUUAACUAAUUUUAUUACUAAGCAAAAUCUCUCUUUCCAAAUAAAGAAUUAUGAUAUUAUUAUUGGAGUUGAUAAAAAUGGUUGGGCUAUCCCAUAUUAAAUGAAACUACAAACCUGCUUAAUUGGAACCUCAGAUUUUGGUGCUUGCACUUGGAUUAAAUAAAUUUAAGACUCGUGCUACUACAUCAGCACUAAAUAUGAAUAAAAUUAUGAAAUAAUGACUAUUUCUUAUGGAUUCUACUAAAUCCUCUUUUCAAAAGUUGUUUCUCCCUCUAAAGUUUAAAAUAUUAGUCUAGAAUCAUUAAUGCCUUCAUUAAAUUAUUUCAUUAAAACAUAGUGCCCUAAGGAGAUUAACAGAUAUAGUACGAUAAUUGUAAAACCUUAGAAUGAAGAAUUUUGCUUUUCUAAAGAUAAUUUUACUCAAAGUGAUGACUUAGUUUAAAAUUUAUUGAAAGAAGAAAUAUUUAAAAUAGAAGCUGAUUUUUAUCCUUUCCAUCAUAAAUACAUAAGUUUUGUACAAAUAAAAGUACAUACAAUAGAAAAGAUAACUGAUCAUAAAGAUAAGUUUGAUCAUUAAUUUAUUGAUUAAUAAAAGCUUAUUUUGCUAAGCUACUUGCAAAAUAACAAUAAUGGAUUGAAUAAGAAAAAAUUAGUAUAAAAAAAAUAAACUUUUGUUUAAUCAGCAAGCUUUGAGUUGAAUGGGAAUAAAAAAAAUUUGCAAAAAUAAAAUAGUUUGUAUUUAUAAGAGAACUCUGAGUUAUAAUAGCUAAAUGAUGAAGAAAACUGUUAAAAAAAUGAUAAUUAAAGGAAUUAUUAAAGCGAGCAUAAAAAUGAAAUUCAAUUAAUUGAUUAGGUCUCAUUUAACAUUCCUUUUGAUUAACUAUCACCUCGAGAUACAGAUAUUUUUACUCAAAGACAUUUGAUUUAACCAUUACCUUCUUCCCAAUUUUGGGAUUAAUUUACCUAUAUCAAUUAUCUUUCCAAUUAGCAGCUGAUUUAGCAUCCAAACAGUUCCUAAAAGAAUUUGGUAACAAUUUAAGAGGAAACAAACGAGAAGCAUAUUUAAUAAAAUAAAUUAUUCAAAGCUGAUUAAAUCAAAUAAGAAUCUUAGAAAAUCAUGCAAUAAAUUGAUUAAAAAAAUUAAUUGGUUCAAAAAAAACUAGGCAACUUUUAAUAGCUCAAUUCUGGAACUUAAUUGAAGCUUUUAAGUUAAAAUAAUUUAGAAUCAACAGAAGAAUAGUUAUCAAAAAUACGAUGCUCAAGCUAAUCUAAAUAGGCAUAAAUCUAACAAAAGAGUGAUUCAACUUAAAAAUCAAAUAUUUCUCAUCAGCACAAAUAAAUGAUAGAUUACUUGUAGCAAUCACACAAAAUUUAUGGAUUGGAAACAAUAAAAUAUCUUGGCUGCAUAACUUUAGUUGUGAUGCUUAUUUUAAAUGUUAAUUCAUUUGUUACUUUAAACACUUAUUUAAUGGAGCAGAGGGAAGAAUAUAUUUAUAGCGACUGGGUUUACAAAAUAAAUUUAAUCAGUUAAUAAAUUGUGGGAGAUAUAAGUUUUUUAAGGAUGAUGAAAUUAACAAAUUUUGAAUUGCCAGAUCCUGAAGAAUAAAAAAAAUUUAUGGCUGCAAUCAAAGAUGGGCAGAUUUAAAGGAAAAAUUAUUUUUAAAAACUUUUAAUUGCCUAUACUAAUUCAAAAGUCUAGUAAGGCACUCAAGUGUUUAAAGAAGUUUCUAAGUAAACAGUUGAUUUCGAUUUCGCUUACUCACUUACUUCUGUUGAUAAGCAACAUAUAUCUCUGUAUUAUGCGCUUUUAGAGAUAUAUUGCUAUGAAUUCUUAACAUCAGAUUGGAAAAAAAAUAAUGAUGAAGAAUACUAUCAGUUACUAAUAAAUGAAAUUUAGUUAAUAAAUAAAUUGGAUGAUUUCGAAAAAGAUGUAGUAUUGUUAGUCGAAUAAAAAUAUUAAGAAAUUAGAGAUAGUUUAUUUGUAUCACAAUUAUGCGACAUCAUUUCAUCUACAAUUUUUUCUUUGAGUUUCAUACCUAUUUUUGUAUAUGUUCAGCUUAAAACAAAGUAAUUUAUUGGGUUACUGGCUACUUUUAAUCCGCAAAAGAUUAAGGAAAUGCAAUUCUAAGUGCUCUAUAACGAAAAAAGAGCUGAGCGAUUAAGCGAAUAGUUGAAUUAAAAAUAAAAAUAGAUCAUAAAGGAAGAGGAUAAUUAUAAAAGUGGAAAGUAUUCUCAAAUAACUAGUUUUGAAAUUCAGAAAAACAAAAACAUCAGUUCAGUUUCAAGGCUCCCUCUAUUUUAAUUAAAAACUCUCAUUUAUGCUCUCUGUUUUAUUUUAUUCAACUGUACUUAUUCUCUAGCUAUAGGAAUUAACAUGAAUAAUUUCAUGAAUGAUCAAGAAAACAACUCAGAAUUUUUAAAUAAAAUAAAUUAAAUUCAUUCUUUAACUAUUUCUAUUAUUGAGAUGGAAAUAAUUUUGAUUGACACAAGAUUGGAAUUUGAUGAUGAUAAUACAUACAAAAUAUAUACUGAAGCAAUAGUGGAAAAAUCUCUCAAAAUUUAAUCUGCAUUAAAUGAUUUUUAUGAAAUUAUGGCUAAGCAAUCAAAAAUAAAUCGCUAUCAAAAAAAUAAAUUUAACAAAUUUAUAAACUAAAUGCUUGAAGGAAAUUUAUGUGAAGUAGUUAAUUAAAAUCUUUAAUAUUUAAUAAUUCCAGGUUAUAAUUAAACUGAAUGCGAAUAGGUUAAAUUCGGAAUAUUUUCUAAAGGGCUAAUUACUGCAACAAAACAAUUUCUUGAUUUUGUAGGUUAAAAUGGAAUGCUGCUUAAUGAGGAAGAUGAUGUAGCAUUUUUUGAAGGUGCUAAUAAGUUAUUUGAAGAUUUUCCAGUUAAAUAACAAUUUUACUUUAAAAUGUAUUACACAUUUAGUAUUAGCGCAAUACAAGGGUUUAUUGAGUCUAUAACUUAUCAAGAAUAUGAUUACUUAAUACUGCUCAAUAGAUUAUUUAUUGCCUUACAAAUAUCUUUAUUUGCUUCUUCUAUUUAUUUAAUAUAUUUUAGAUUCUUUACAAUUUGCUCUAAGCAAAUACAAUCAACAAAAAGGCUUCUUGACAUAAUAGAUGUUGCAUAACUUAACGAUAAUUAAUAUAUCAACUCAUUUUUUAGGACAAAUAAAUGA